AAUCGAAUCCCGAAAUCGAAGCCGUCGCUUAGUAAAUCACCAGCAAGCAAACCGCUCAGUAGUUCCAGUUGUUGAGCUGUCAGGCUGAUCUGCCUUCCAUUCACCGUACCAGUGUAAAAUCCAGGCGACUACGCUUAGCGUUACAAAGGCGAGGCGCCAAAAAGAGCCACUUUUGAAAACGGUUUGAUUCGAGUAGUUUAAACACAUAGUAGGCCAGAGCCCCCAAGAAAAACAGCCAAAAUGUCUGAUCGCAAGGCCGUAAUUAAAAAUGCCGACAUGAGCGAGGAGAUGCAGCAGGAUGCCGUCGAUUGUGCGACACAGGCCCUCGAGAAGUACAACAUUGAAAAGGACAUUGCGGCCUACAUCAAGAAGGAGUUUGACAAAAAAUACAAUCCCACAUGGCAUUGCAUUGUCGGUCGCAACUUUGGAUCGUAUGUCACCCACGAGACGCGCCAUUUUAUCUACUUCUAUUUGGGCCAGGUGGCCAUUUUACUGUUUAAGAGCGGUUAAAGUAUUGUCGAGUCGGAUGAAGUGGUGGUGAGGAGGCUGAUGGAGAUGCAGCAGUUGCCCCGCCAGCAACCACAACAGCAGCAGCAGCAGGGGCAGCAGUCGCAUUUCGGGGCAUCAGAGGAUGAGGAUCUAGAGCAGAAACAGCAACAACCACAUAACCAAUCACAGAAAACACAGCACCAACAA